AGAAACGCACAUUCCAUUAUUCUCUCUUUGAAUCUCCAACGACCGACAGAUCGUCCCUGUUCCCAAAGAAUCAAAAUGAGUUGAGCCUUUGACACCUGGUUUUUCCAGAGACAAAACCGGAUAUUCUCUCACGCUACCUCUUUUUCUCUUUCCCCAUUACCCUCUUUUCGUCUGUUUUCCUCCUGUUUUUUUGACAGAUUGACAGCAUGUUGAGACUCAAAGUGGAGGAAAAUUCAACUUCGAAGCUGCCGUCGAUGCCAUCCCCGGCGGUUGACAAUGGUUCUUCUCGGAAGACUUUCCAUUAUUCGAAGCUUCCCGAAGAAACCGUCAGCCUCUGCAUUCGCAAAUUGGAUGGCUCUUCCUUUGAUGUCGAGGUUUUAAAGUCGGCUACCGUUGCAGAUCUCAAGCUAGGGGUGCAGAAUGUUUUUGAUCAUAUGCCAAACGAUGGUCCCGACAAGAUUUCAUGGAUACAUGUCUGGGGACACUUCUGCUUGUCUUAUGGUGAUCAGAAGUUGAUCCAAGACACCGACCUGAUCGUAAACUAUGGCAUCAAGGAUGCCGAUCAGCUUCAUUUCAUUAGACAUGUGUCCACCAGCACCAACUCGAUAAAGAUUCCGAAAAGUAAAGAGACUGUUCCUCAAAACCAUUCAUAUCAGCUGUUGGUGGAUGAACUUGAAGAUGAAGAAGAAGAAGAAGACAUUUACGAGGUAAUAAAAGAAGGAAGAUGUGGUGGGUUAUGGUCGUCGUGUUCAAAGUGUUCACCUUUUAAAGAAUAAAGAU